AUGAAUAAAUGUUUAACUACUUCGGGUAAUUACGAAACAUCGGGUUCGAAUCCUAAUAAAGUUGAACAAGAAAUUCUAAAUUCAAUCGAACAAAAUUAUUUCUAUGUAGAAAAUUUUGAUUCAAAUAUAUUUGAAUUACAGAAGUUAUCAAUAUCAAAAGAAAAAUUUAAAAUAACAGAUGUCUUAUCGGUGAAAAAUCGUUUGACUGUACAAUUGCGAGCAGUUUCAAAAAGAGUAUCAAAACUUGUUUUAGAAAACAGUUCAUCUUAUGGUGCCGAACUUCAACGAGUAACAGAUUUGACAUCUUCACUGCAACAAUCAGUAUCAAUCUGUGCAGCGGCACGACGACAAGCACAAUAUCAAAUGACCAUACGUAAGUUGAGUCUCAUCAAAAAUGAAAUGAGGAAACAACAAUGGAUUAAUCUUUUAAAUAAUAUGAAAAAAUUAAAAAAAUUACAUCGAAUAGAUGAAAAACUUAAAGAAAUGGUCAAGCUCAUCAAUAAUGAUACAUAUUUAUCAUGUUUACAUGAAUUAAAUAUGUGUAUGUGGCAAGUAAUCAAGUCUUAUCAAUUACUUUAUUUAUGGCAUAAAAAUAAUACUCAAACACAAUUUGUUAACGAAAAUCUUGAACCAAAUCAAAUGUUUAUUAUUCAAAAAUUAGAAACUGGUUCUAUUCGAUUAUGGAACGAAAUACAACAGAAAAUUAAAAUAUUUAUAAUUGAAGCUGAUAUAACAAAUUUUCAAUUUGACAUAUUCAUACAUAUAUUGAAAAUUAUAAAUAGAUUAAUAGAAAUUGGCGAACAAUUUUGUCAUAGUGACUCUAUAAUAUUGAAAGAAGCUCUAAGAAAACAAAGCGUCAAUUAUUUUUGUUCAUAUCAUAGUGCACGUUUAGAUGAAUUAAAAUUAUUUUUGGAAAAUGAAUCAUGGGAAUGGUGUCCGGUUAAAACAACAUUUCACAUUACUCAAUUACAUGAAUUUCAUUUUUUACGUGAUUCAUCAUCAAUUACAUCUGAUUUAAAUACAUCAAUAUCAUUUAAUCAAAAACAAGAAAUCAAUUUAUUUGACUAUUAUUUAUAUAAUGAUAAAGAAAAUCCAUUUGAUAUUGAACAAAAACAUCAAUUAAAUCGAGAUGACGAUAAUGAUACGGAUUCGAUAGAAGAUGUACUCGAUGAUGAAAGUCAAUUGUAUCGUGAACAUCAGAUAAAUUCGAGCACGAAUGAUUUCUAUGAUAAUGACGACUAUGAAGAUGAGAAUGAGAAACGAUCAGAUCAAUAUCAUUCCUUGAAUAUAUCUCCUACACAAGACAAUUAUCGUCGUUCACGAUCGAAAUAUCAUGACAAGAAUGGUCCAGCUAUUGUUACUAAUACAACAUUGAAUGUUACAAGAUUAUUUGGACGCUAUAUGCAAAUGAUUGAUGUUUUAAAACCAAUUGCGUUUGAUGUUAUUAUUUGUAUAACUCAGUUAUUUGAUUAUUAUUUGUAUACUAUUUAUAGUUUAUUCGCGUGUGAUAUGAAUGAAAUACCUCUAGACGCCUUGAGUACUAAACUACGGUUCACAAUCAAACGAAUAAGUGAUAAUCUUAUUCAAAUGUCGGAUCAAGCGCCAUUGGAAGCUAAAGACAAAAUUGCUCGAGCAAAUUUGUCACCUCUUGUGGACAUCAAUAGUUUAAAUAGUGUAUUAUAUGGUCUUCCUCAACGUGUUGUUGCUGCUGAAUCACUCGUAUUUUUGGCACAACAAUUUGAUUUUUUAUUACCCUACUUAAAUCAAUUAAUACCAAAUGAUAAACGUUCAUUCUUGACUCAGUUUUAUUCACAAACUGUUCAAGUAACACAUGAAUUACGUAUUCCAAUUUAUCAUAAUGUUUCAGCGAAUGUUAUUGAUUACAUGUCCAUAGCGAUAAUGAUAUCAAAAGUAAAUUGGGACAUCCACGAUAUAAUGACACAACACAAUGUUUAUGUUGAUGUAUUAAUUAAAGAAUUACAAACAUUUCGAACAAAAUUCGAUGAUAUUAAUGAACAAUUAGUACCAAUACCAAAAGCAGUUUAUAUCACCAUUUGGGAUCAAAUAUUGGAUAAAAGUUUCUAUACAUUAGUGGAAGGAUAUGCCAAUAUAAAACGUUGUUCAAAUGAAGGACGUGCAUUAAUGCAAUUAGAUUUUCAACAAUUAUUACGAAAAUUAGAACAAAUUGUUGUUGAUCUGAAACCGUUACCGCACAGAGAAUUUGUUGAAAACUACAUUAAAGCCUACUACUUACCAGAACAAUCUGUUGAACAGUGGAUUCAUAAUAAUACGAUGUAUACACCAAAACAGCGUACUACCCUAGUCUCAAUGAUGACUCAUUUGAGUAGACGAACUCGGACGCGUUUAAUCCAACUUCUGGAUGAACGUGAACGCUCUCGUACGCCAGUAACAAAGUCCUGA